AUGAGAGAAGCUCUGUCCUAAUGACGCAGGAAGAUGAAUUUGCAAUUGUCACUUCUGUAACUCAUUUCUAGGGCAGCUGUACAGAAACAUGUUUGGCCAACAUUACAUCGGCACAGGAAAGUUAUGGGGAUUGUGCAUUCUCCUGAAUUUCAUCAGCCCUUUCUCCUGCUUUUCAAAUUUCAGCCAAGCAAAAGAAAUCAUCUAUAAAAUAAAGGAAGGAUUACCCAAGGGAACUCUAAUAGGGUCCAUCGGUGCUGAUUUAAAGUUGGAUUUCUCUGUUCAUCCCCCUUUUUUGUUCAGUCUGGCAUUAAAGAAGAUCAGCGAUCAGUAUGUAAACCUAAAUACCACAACAGGGGAAUUGUACACAUCUGCCUAUGAAAUAGACCGAGAGGCAGUCUGUUUGGAAAAUGCAGACGGUCAAAGCUGCUUCUUAUACUUAGAUGUGUUCAUUUUGCCCCAGCAGUACUUCCAACUGGUAAAAGUCAAAAUCCUUGUUGAGGACAUCAAUGACAAUAAGCCCUGUUUCCCCUCAAGCGAAAUCCAGCUGGUCAUUCCUGAGAACGCUCAGGUGAACUCCAGGUUUGCACUGGAGCAGUCAGCCAGUGACCCCGAUGCUGGAGUUAACGGAGUGCAGAUCUACUGGCUGGUCAACGAUUAUGGGGUCUUCACUCUGGAUGUGGAAGAAAACGAGAGCCGAGAGCUAACACCCAUCUUGAUUGUGACGGGCCCUCUGGAUAGGGAAACCAAGAGCGAAUACGUGACAAGCAUCAUUGCUGAGGAUGGUGGGAACCCACCCCUUCUGGGAAUGGCCACCCUAAAAAUCUUCAUAGCAGAUGUGAACGACAACUGUCCACAGUUUACGGUAUCCCACAUCAAUGUCACAGUUCAUGGGAACGCUACGAAAGGGCAGCACUUGGCAGGUCUACAUGCCUUUGAUCCUGAUCAAGGAGCUAAUGCCCAGAUAACAUAUGUCUACAGUGAAAGAGUGCCUAGGGAUGUGAGAACGCUCUUUCAUUUGGAUAAAGCCACUGGGGUCAUUAAACUGGGAGGUCAUGUAAGCUCAGCCCUUGCAAAAUUGUAUAAACUGACGGUUCUUGCUAAUGGACCAGGUUGCAUACCUGCUGUGGCCACAGUGACACUGCAUAUCGUGCAGGAUUUUUCUGGGCCGCCAGUUAUCAUUCUGCGAUAUAUCGCUGCUGAGAAAGGGGGUGUGGUUUCUUUGAAAGAGUCUGAGCCACCGUUCACUCCAAUUGCAUUUUUCACAGUGAAAAGCACAGGUCAAAAUGGAAAGGUAGACUGCCAGCUGGAAGCUGAAGGCCCCUUUCGACUAUCACCCUACAAGAUGUUUGAGAAUGAGUACCUACUGGAAACCACAGACUCACUGGACUAUGAGCAGAAACAGGAGUAUGAACUUACAGUGAUGGCCAAGGACUCCUACGGCCUGGUGAUGAAAAUGUUUCUUAAACUGCAGGUAAUUGAUGAGAAUGAUAAUGGGCCAGUGUUUCAGCAACCUCUGUUAGAUUUGUUUCUUGAGGAAAACAAUCCCCCAAACACCUUUCUGGCCAAACUGCAUGCGACAGAUGCUGACAGUGAUGUCCGUGGGGAAGUUGUGUAUCUCCUGGGAUCUGACGCACCACUGAUUUUUGCAUUGGACAGGUUGACCGGAGUACUUGUGGUGUCGACGUCGCUUGACCGUGAACAGAAGGAAAAGUACAGGUUCACAGUAAGGGCAGUGGACUGCGGAAACCCACGGAGGGAAACCAUUGCCACUGUGGUCAUUACUGUGUUGGACCGAAACGAUAACAGUCCACGUUUCAUCAACAAGGACUUCACGUUUUUUGUCCCAGAAAACUUUCCAGGAUUCGGGGAAAUAGGAGUUCUUUCUGUGACCGAUGCUGAUUCUGGAAAAAAUGGCUGGGUUGCUCUGUCACUUGUUAAUGGUAGUGACAUCUUUGUCAUAGAUGCUGGUAAAGGGGCCUUGAGGGCAAAAACUUCCCUGGAUCGGGAGCAGCAGGGUACCUAUUUUCUGUGGAUCGAAGCAGUUGACGGAGGGGAGCCCUCACUCUCCUGCAUCAUCAUGGUCACAAUUCUGCUCCUUGACGUUAACGACAACCCACCUGUGGUUCUGUUUCCACAGUCCAACCAGUCAUACAUGCUUGUACUGCCGAGUACUCUACCAGGAACUUCCAUAACAGAGGUGUAUGCUGUUGACAAUGACACAGGCAUGAAUGCUGUAAUCGCUUACAGUAUCAUCCAGAGAAAGGGAGGGGAGCCAGGGUCAUUCGACAUAGACCCCGAAACAGGAAACAUCACUUUGAAAAAGGCAUUGAGCGACCGAGGCCUGUAUAGUCUUCUGGUCAAAGUCAGUGACCAUGGCCAGCCCGAGCCUCUUUAUGCGACCGUAAUGGUCAACCUCUUUGUCAACGAAACGGUGAGCAAUGAAAGCUAUGUACAGAGUCUACUGGCAAGGGAGGAGGAGAUUGAAGUAGAUGAACAUUUUCUCAGCAGACUAAUAGAACGUUCAAAGAAAAGUGAUUUUUCUCCUUGUCAGUCUGCUUUGAUUGCACUCUCUUCAGCAUGCCUGGGACUUUUAUUUACAGUGUUGACGCUGACUACCUAUAUAUUUUCCAAGAAGCUAGAAAAGAAUGACAAGAGAGUGAGGAGACUUGAAACAGAUAUGUCAUUUAAGAGCAAGCAGUAG